AUGAAAAUCAAACGUUUCAUUGCACGCUAUCUCCACAAAAGUGUCGAUAAACUUGACGUUUAUUUAACGUAUCUGGCAAUGAAGCAAGUAAAUGACCACAUGGAGACACAAAACGACCAUUCCAGUCGUGACUACAUUGACGCAUUCCUCAAGGAAGCGAAAGAACGACGCAGCGAUGUGAAAUCUUAUAUUCGAGGUGACUACCUUCCAGGGAACGUUCUCAACAUGUUCGGAGGCGGCACCAACUCGGUCAACCGUAGUCUGGCCUGGAAUCUUUUGAUUUGUGCUGCGAAUCCGGGUACGACCCAAAAAAGGAUGCAAGAGGAAAUAGAUCGGGUUGUUGGCUUCGCGCGACAGCCACAGUGGGAAGACCGCUACCAGAUGCCUUUUGUAAUGGCCUUCAUCCGCGAAGUGCACCGUUGGAGAACCGCCGUUCCUGUUGGCAUACCCAGAAGUGCAGGAGAAGAUGUCAGCGUUGGAAGCUACGUGAUACCCAAGGACACAAUUGUCAUGGCCAACAUCUGGGCAGUCCACGUGGAUCCCAAUCUUUGGGACAAUCCCGAGAAAUUUAAUCCAUCACGGUUUUUGGAAAAUGGCCAGCUGAUCGCCGCUCCUAAAUAUCUCAUUCCGUUUUCAGUUGGAAAGCGGAUGUGUCCCGCUGAGAAAGUAUCUUCCGUCACUCUCUUCAUGUUCCUGACCGUCCUGCUUCAAAAGUUUGUCAUACUUCCAGAAGAAGGAAAGAAGAUUGAUCUUAGCAGUGACUGCAUCACUUUUAACUCACCGGUGUCUCAAAAGCUCCGGUUCACACCUCGUGCGCGCAAGCUUCAAGCGCAAUAA